AAAAAACAGCUGAUUGGAGAAGUACGUGUCAAGCUAUCAGCAAGCAGAACAAAAUAAAUUUGUUUUAUUUAAAGAUACAAUUUAAAUUAAAUAAAAUAUUUUAAGUGAAAUAAAAAUGGCUACAUUAAAUUUAUUAAAUCUUAAUGUGGAUACACUUUUUGAACAACACAGUGUGGUGGAAAUUGAUAGUGUACACAAGAAAAUCCAAGAAGUUGUGGAAAAUAAAAGGGAAGAACUUCGUACUAUGGUAGGAGAACGUUACCGGGAUCUGCUAAAGGCUGCUGAUACUAUUACCGCUAUGCAAGAUUCAACGAAGGCAUUAAUCACGCAAGUUGAUAACAUCAAUGGGAAUUGCAAAAAUCUCAAUGAACAACAAUUAUUGGGUUUUAAAAUGGAAACAGAUAGUGCCGGCGAGCUAAAGAAUCGUAAUGCUAAUAAACAAUUAAAUAAUUAUUUCAGUACAAUGAUACAAAUUAAGUUAUUAACAUCAUUACCCGAAUUAAUAUGGUCUCAACUGGAUCGGGAACAUUAUUAUGCUGCUACUGAACUCUUUAUAUUUAGUCGUCAUAUUAGUACGGGUCUACAGUUGGAUUCAAAUAAUCCUAUAAUGCAAAAAUUACCAGUAGCUAAAAAACAAUGGGAAAUUAUUAAACCAUUUCAUAUGACCAUUAAACAGCAGGUAAUGCUUGCAUUGGAAAGAGAAAAUUUAGGAGCAGAACUUACCAUUGAUUGUAUACUUUCGCUUUUACAAUUGGAACGUUGCACUUUGGAAAGUGCUCUAAAGACUUUUCUCAACUUAAGAUGUACGGCAUUUCUAAAUUGCUUAAAUGCUGACAGUGGCAGGGUAAAGGAGAGAAUUUUGUCUAGUUUGAGGGUACUCAAUGAUAGUUUGGAUAUGGUGGCAAAAUGUUUUAUGGAUAAAAGCCCUUUAUUUACUAAAUUAGCGGAAUAUUCGGAAUCUAGUGCUCCACCAACUAUAUUACGCAUGGAUAAUGAUGAUGUACAAUUUGCUCAUCUUUUACCCGAUAUCAUAACCAAUUUCAAACCUAAAUUUGAUGCAUUUACUCUUAAUAAUGAAGCUGUACGUUUGAGUCUCGAACAAUUUCUUACUGAUACUCAGCGUAUAGCCAGUAAUCAACUUAAACAACUUUUCGAUUUGGUUACUCAUAUGAAUUCUAUUCAGGAAAUAAAAACCGAAGCAAAUAAUCUAAAGAAACAACUCAAUCUAAAUGCUUUGACAACACAAUUUCAAUUAACUCAGUCACUUGAUUUCUAUGAACUACGUUAUGUUCCUUUAAUAAAUCAAAGAAUACGUAAUAUUAUAAACGAUAGCUGGUUUAAAACUAUUAAUGAAAUCUCAACAAAUCUAGAAAAUUGUGUAAAACAACCGGAAAUUGUAAAUAUUAAGAACUAUUCAUUGUGGCAAGAAUUUCCUACAGAUUUACCCAAAAGUUUAGAUCAGGCUUUAAAUGAUGAUUUGAAAAUGAAAAAAUUACAUAUGAAAUCAAAGGGCUAUAACGAUGAAAUUAUAAAAAUUGUUACAAAAUUUGAUGAAAAUUUAUCCGAUAUUAUAAAAGAAAUGAACGUUUUGCUAGAAGAGCCCACAGCUAAACUGGAAGAUAAACAGGCUUUAGUGGAAUUUCUCAAAGAUACUGCUCAACAGCAUAUAACGGAAUUCAUAACAAAAGUAAAGAGUUUACAACUGGAUAUCAAUGAACACCAGUCUUGGCUAUUUGUUACACGUUGCAGUUGUGCUCUGAUAGAACUUUGCCCACAUUUGAAAAUGUGUUUCUGCCAAUCUACUAGUUGGCGUCAAUUACUUGGCAUAAGUAACUCAAGUGCAGCUAUUGAACAUUGGCAACGUAUUUGUGGCUUAAUGGAGGAUGAAAUCUAUCAAUUUUGGUUGCAUAUUAUUAAAGGUUUAUUGGAGGAAUAUAACUGUGAACGUUAUUUGGCUAAAAUCGAUACGUGUAAUGUUAUGUUGGAAGAUUUUACACAUUGGGAACAAAUAACCCUCGACCAAAAAGACGAUCAGGAUAUGCCAAUACAAUCAACAUUCCGUGUUCCUACACAACCGCGUAUUUCCUUGCAGUCUUAUUUACAAAUUCUUAUUACCUCUCUCAAAGAAAUCGUACCGGAGACUCUGCCCUCUAAAGUACUACAUACCUUUAAUCAAAAACUAAUAGAUGAACUCUUAAAACACUAUCACCAGCUGCUAAAUGAUCAUCCAACAUUAACACAAAAUAUUGCAUUACAACUUUAUUUCGAUAUAAAAUUCUUACAGAGUUCAUUCAAUAUCACUAGAGAACAAAAAGAUCAGAUAACAAGCAUACAAAAUGCCUACAAAGAACUAAUAGAUCCUUUUGAUUUUGAAUUAUUUGCAUCACAAUUAAUGACAAACAUUAAGAGAUCAGUUUUACGUUCGAAUUGCCUUUUGGGCAUAUUGACACCAUUGAAUAUCCAAACAUCUCAAACGGGUGCAGUGGCACAGGAAAAAGAUCCGAAUGUAUUAAGUUUGUGUUCUAGUGGCUCGACAUCGCUGUGGUUCCCUCUUUUGCCAGUAGUGACUAAUACAUCAAAUGUGGCGACAACUUCUUUGGAUAGUAAAAAGGUCACUUUAACGGAAUCGCCCAAGACAACUCCAACGAGAAAAUCAACAACGACACGUAAAACUGAUACAAAAUCGAAGUCUGGUGCAGCCUCAUUCUUUGGCGCCAUGUCCCAAGAAUGGUUUCGAUAAAAUAAUCAUUAACAACAAUAUUUACACACAUAAUUUCAUUUUUUAUUACAACAAGUAUUUUUUAAUAUAAUAUUCGUUUAAUAUACAAAUGCAUACAAACAUAUUAUUAAAGAUAAACACAAAUAUGUAAUU